AUGAAUCUCAUUAGUUGGAAUUGUCGGGGGCUUGGGAACCCUCGAGCAAUUCGCGAUCUUUGCCAGAUGGUAAAGGAGAAGCAACCCACUCUUUUGUUCCUUCUGGAAACAAAGAGUAGCAAAUAUAAGAUGGAGGGUAUUCGAGUUAAGUUGGGGUUUGAAGGUUUAUUUGUAGUAGACCUUUUGGGAAGAAGUGGUGGAUUAGCAUUAUUAUGGAGGGAAGCAAGAUGGCUAGAAAUUCAAAAUUUUACACGACGCCUCAUUAAUGCAGUGGUGCAUCCUCCUGGCCAUGAUUUUCAAUGCAAAUUAACAUGUUUUUAUGGUCAUCCGGAAAGUGCAAGGAGAUAUGAAUCAUGGGCGUUGCUUGAUCACCUUAAUUCUUUUUAUCCCAAAGCUUGGAUGUGCAUUGGCGAUUUUAAUGAGAUUGUGGAGCAAGGUGAGAAGUAUGGUGGAGCAUUACGUGGAGAUUCUCAGAUGGCACAGUGUCGAGUGCCUUUGGAACAUUGUGGUUUAAGUGAUUUGGGGUAUAAGGGGUCUAAAUUUACAUGGGCUAAUUGUCAUCAGGAUGGGACUUUUAUGAAAGAAAGGCUUGAUCGUGCUGUUAUGAAUAAGGCAUGGUGUGAGAUGAAUUCAAACUAUGAGGUCCAAGUGUUAGCAGCAAAGUCAUCUGACCAUAAGCCUUUGCUCCUACGACUUUUUGAUGCAAAUGCAGGUCUACCCAAUUAUUAUAAAAGCUUCAAAUUUGAAGCUUCUUGGCUAGCUGAUGGAGAAUGCAUGGAUGUUAUAAAUGAGGUGUGGGGGAUGGAUGUUAGUGGUGGUAUGGGAAUGCAAACAGCAAGGUUGAAGUUAGCUCAAUGUCAGACGCAGCUUACUAGGUGGAGUUCCCGAAAAUUUGGUGAUGCUCAGAAAGUCCUUAAAAUGAAAACAAAGCUAUUGAAUGAGUUACAAUAG